AUCGACUCUAGGGUGCUUAGUCAGCAGCACCCAUACCCCGCGGCACUGCCAAAUUAGGUGCCGCUUUAACAUGAACCAAGUUUGGGUUUGUGUUCUCUCCCAACCUUGACGCUCCUCCACACCGCGUGUCCGCAAAAUGUCACUCGCAGAUGCGUCCGAAGCCCGCAAGGCGCGGCUCGUAGCUCUCCGAAAGAGGAAAGCUGGAGAUGCCGUGGACGAAGGUGAAUCCGCAGAGGCUGUCAUCAAGCACAGAACCUUUGAUCCGGAAAGCCGUACACUGAAGAAGCACACCCGUGAAGAUGAGGUCCACAUGGAGGACACAGUGGAAAAGAGAGUAGAAGGCAUGGCAGAGGCCAUUAUCGCGGAAGACGAGCAACGAAGAGCUCAGGAUUUGGACUUAUUCAACAUUGCGCCGAAGCGGCCGAACUGGGACCUGAAACGGGAAAUGGAGAAGAAGCUCGCACGAUUGGAGCGCAAGACGCAAGAAGCGAUACAUACGCUCAUCCGGCAGCGAUUGUCAGCUCAGAAAGGACAGUCGGAUGAUCUCGUCGGGGCGAUGAGAGCCCAGGAAAGAGCAGAACAAGUGGAGAAUGACGCGUCUGACGAGGAGGACUGACAAAGAGUUACCUCCGCGCUUCUGUCAUCUGCUAGGGCGACUCGGCUACGUCCAGUAUACUUCAAGGCCGUACUUUUCGGUAUGAGGAUAAAAUAAUAUCCAAG